CCCUGCAUUUCUUGCAAGGUUGCCUGACCUGCGAGCCUUGAAGCUGACUCGCAGCACCGAGCACGAGACUUGACGAACUCUGACAACGUCAGCUUUUCACCACCUCCUAGCACAUUAGUCUUUUCUUUAGCAUCAUAUUCUACCCCGGACCUAAAAAAAGGCUGUCCCUAUUCCAAGUUCACACAGACGUCAAACACGCGACUCCACACACCUGCCCUUUCCCCUGUUCUUCACAGAUCUUGUAUAAAAUCUUGUUCUGCACGCCCCUCUUCCUCUGUUCACCAUGUCUGCAGCCGAAAACGAAGCCGCAGCUCUCUUUAACAACUCGGGAGAAAAGCUCUCGACUCAUCCUGAAGACGCUGGAUACGAGUCAUCCGGAUCAGAACCUUCUUCGGACAAGCACGAACACGACUACAACGACGAAGAUCUUCCGCCCGACUCAAAAAUGGGCAGCGCCAGAUUCCAACUCCCUUCCAAACAGUUCAAUGCCAACACUGGCCCCAAGGGUGUCAUCAGUGAUGCCCAGGCUUUCGAGCAGGCUAAGCGCAGCAAGAUCCGGAUGCCUACCAUGGCAAAGUUCCGGAACCAGCCUUUUGAAACAUCCCGAACCACCAUCACUGCGGCCACGUCGGACAAGGGAAGCGAGGAUGAGUCCAUGGACGAGGACGAAGAGGAAUUCAUGCGCUCGUGGCGUGAAAAACGGCUGAACGAGAUUCGCUCCGGCUCGAACGAACGGAGCACGAGGCGAUUGAGCCCCAGCAAGCGGAGAUUUGGCUCCUUGGAUGCCGUCGAUGCCGAUGGAUACCUUGAUGCGGUUGAGAAGAUUUCGCAAAGCACCGUCGUUGCCGUGUGUAUAUAUGACGAUCAGUCUGAGGUCAGUGGUCUUGUUGAAGACUGCUUGAUGAACCUGGCACGCAAGCACGACACAACUCGGUUUAUAAAACUUCACUACGAAGAAGCCGAGAUGGAUCCCAUCUCGGUCCCAGCUGUGCUCGCGUACCACAAUGGCGAGCUCUUUGCCAAUCUCGUAUCAAUUAUUGACGAGAUCCCUGCCGAUAGAGCCCUCAGCCCUUCUAGCCUCGAGGGCGUUUUGCGAAGACAUAAUGUAGUAUAGCACUCAACAAGUCCUGUACCUUUACCCGCAUCUAGACUCAUCAUGUGGCGCUUACGGCGUUUUUGGUUCAUGCCCAACUCCACGGCAUUCGUUUCCUUGGGAGGGGGAUUUGGGGGAUUAGACGGUUGGGAAAUGCAUAUUCAGCGGAAUGUCCCCACAUUAUUUCUUUUCUUUUCUUU